UUUCUUUAAUCAUUAAUAAAUAUGUUCAUACUUUGUUUUCGAUUGUUGUACAUUAAUGUGGAAUGAAUAUUGGUAACAAAUUCCACAAGAAAACUUUCUGAUAGUUAUUUUGUUUAGGAUAAGACACUUAGUAAAACUUUUAUCGGUCAAGUUAAGAUGAUGUAAACAAAAUCACAUGAUCCAUCGACCCAAUGUAUUCCAAAAAUCACUUAAUACGCAUGCGUAAAAAACAUGAAUACUAAAUUUUGCGUCAUUUAUAACGAAAAAUUAGGAACGAAAUUUAAAUACAAAGUGAGAUAUUUCAUUUAAAAUUAUUUAAUGUCUUAUCAGUUAAAUCAGAUUAUUGAAUGCAAAUUAUAAAAUUGUAAAUAUAUAUCUGUAUAUUACUCUUGUAAACCCAAAAAAUAAAUAGCUAUUUGCAAGAAGGAAGAGUUACUACAAUUUAUAACAGAAUAAAUGAGGAGCAUGAAAUUGCAUUCAAACUAUUUUCUCGCAAUGAUGGAUCAUGAUAAUAAAUUAUCAAAAUGUAUAAAACACAUGGGCACAGUGGAGGGGAUUCUCAAAAGACUGUUUCCAUUUCUAACUUAAUGUUGUUGUGACAACCAACACCAUACUUACAAUUAUACCUGUGAUGCAAAGUCGUGAAACAUUAAAAUAAUUUUAUAAAGUUGAAACUACAAAUUUUAUAAUAAAAUGGAUUCGUCUGAAACAUCUACAUUAAAUGUACUAAAUCCAGAUGAUAAAUUAAUGGAAAAGUUUCAAAAAACACUCCAUACACAUUUAUCAAAUAUCAAUAACAAACUUUCAGAAGAAAUACUUGAAUUUGAAUCGCUAAUAAAGCAUGUUGAAAAAAACUUGGAAUCAGAAGGAGUUAAUCUUUAUCAAAUGCAACAGCAAAUUGAACAUCAACAUACUACUAUAAGUCACUACUUUGAUGCAUUGUCAAAAAUUGCAUUUUUAAGAGAAAAGAAAAAUCAGAAUAUAGAAAACGCUAAACAGGUUUUAAAAACAAAUCGUUGUAAAUUAGAAGAUGAAAGAAAUAAAAGAGAGAAAUUAUCUCAGGACUUGAAAAAUUUAUUAAGUUUUCAUAACUAUUUAUCUAAGUGGGAAAAUGAUUUGAACGAUUAUUUAAGAAUAUCUAAACAGAUCUCAUCGCAAGAUGCAAAUAGACGAAAGGCAUUAAUCAAUAAAAAACAACAACGAGAUUUUAUUUUGUAUAGAUUAAAGGAGGAAAUCUGGAAAAUUGAAACAGAAAUAUCAUAUUUGGAUGAGCAACUACAAAUUAAAAACAAAGAAAAAGAAAAUGUUAAUAAAAUGAUAAUAGAUGUAAAUACAGAUUUAGAGACCUUGCAUACAGAACGUAAAGAUUUAUAUGAUAUAUGGAAGUCUGUUGUAGCUAACAUUUCUAAAAGAAAUAAUAUUCACGAUCAGUUACAUUCUCAACAAGAAGAAAGUCAUAAGUUAUACAAUACUCUCUUACUGGAAAUACAAAAAGUUAAAAAAGAAUCGGAAAAGGAGAUGGAGAUCAAUGAACAUUUGACAUCUUUGUCAUUCCGUGUAGAAAAUAAUAUUAGAAUUACGUCCAAAACAGUAACAUCGCAUAAUGAAAAAAUUGCAGAUAUUGAAUGCCAAUUGCAAAACUUAACAAAAAUUAAUGAACGCAUACAAAGUAGUUAUGAAAAUGCUUUCACUAAAUAUCAAAGCACUUUAUACGAAGAAGAACAAGUAAAUAAAAAACUAGAAUUCACUUUUGGAAAAAAGACUAAUUUAGAAAACAUGAUAUUUAAAAAAUUAGAAGAGAAAAUUAUAUGCGACAAAACAGCACAACAUGUGAAUGAACUAUUAUUAAAUACAAAAAAUGCUGUAUUAGAGUAUGAGGUUACAGUUGCACGUACAGAAAAUUCAUAUGGAAAUAGUCUUCUGGAAUUAGAAAAGUUGUUAAAUUUUCUUGAAAAUCAAAAAACAGAAUUGCAAGAGAUUUCUCAGAAAAAUGUGGAGAAAGAAAAACAAAUAGAUGAAUUGCAAAAAGAGAUGAGAAAAUAUGAAAUUGUAAUUGAAAGGAGGCAGCGUAAACUUCUUGAAACAAAUAAACUUAUUGAACAGAUAAUAUGGUUUACGAAUAAACUGUUUCAGGUAGUACCAAAUAUUGGUGAAAAUUUGAGUCCACAAGAUUUAAAAAUCAUUAGUUUAGAAAAAAAUAUUCAAGAACUUGUACAAAGUAUCCAAAAAGCACAACAAUUUUGGAUACGACAACAAGGUUUCAUGGUUUCAUUAAGUCAACAACGAGAAUCACAAUUACGAGAAUUAAAUCUUCUUGACAAAGAAAUUAUGAUAACGGGACAAAAAAAUUUUAAAUUGGAGUAUACAUUGGACAUGAUUAUGAAAGAUGAAGCAUGUAUAAAUAAAAUUAUACUUUCUCUUCAGCAAAAACUAUUACGCAUGAAUGCAGGUUUAGUAAUACAAAAAGAUUUGAAGGAUGAAUUAGAAGACAAAAAUUGCAUAAAAAAGAAUGAAUAUAUUCUUUCUUUUCAAGAAUUGGAAUUAGAGCUCAUAAAAUUACAUAGCAAUUUAAAAAGUUUAUGUACUGAAAAGGCAAUGCUAAAGGAAGAAUUAAAAUUUACACAAGAAGAAAGUUUAUCUUGGAAAAAACAGUUACAACUCAUACAAGAAACUGUAAAAAAAGUAAAAGAAGAACAUACUGCUGGAGGUAUAGCAAUAAUGAAGAGUGAAAUACAUAAAAUGGAAACGAGACUUUCUUACCUAAAAAAAAUUCAAGAAAAAUUGAUCCAUGACAUGGAACUCUGCGUAGCAAGAAGAGAUGUUAUAUUUAAUAAAGCAAUUAAUAAAUUUAAAAAGAAUCCAAAAGAGCAUCAUAAUGAGAAAGUAAUAAUGCACAAACGUCUGUCUGAUCAACGGAUAAAAAUUAAACAAUCAAUGAAUGUAGUGAAACGAACUAGCGAUACAAUAGAACAAAUAAAAAAUCAAAUAAAAAGUGCAGAGAGUCAGCUGGUCAAUUGUAAACAAAAUUUACAAAAUAUAAAGGGGCACCUUCCAAAUAUAGAAAAUGAAAUUGAGCAGCUAGAAAUGUUGAAAUAUCAUAAUCUUCAUAUUCUAGUUCUUAAGCAAAGGAAAGCAAAACAGUUGCAUGAUGUAAAAAGUGGUACUUAUAAAAUGACGUAUAAAAAUGAAGAUACAAUUGAAGAAAAUUUGAAAAUGGAACACAGUUAUCGUCAAUAUUUGAAAUAUGUGUUAGAAAAAACUAAUCAUGAUUUUCCAAUGUUGAAAACUAAUUUACGGAAAAUACUAUUUACUUUGUAAAUUCUUUAAAAAAUUGUACAGUAAGUAGUAAUUAUUUUACCCCUAGAAAUCAAUCUUUUCUGGGUAAAAAUAAUAAGUAAUUGCAUAUUCAAUCAAUGACCUUUAUACAUACUUGACACAUUAAAUAUUUCUUCCUUAUCA